CCCCGUCGGCGGCUCGGCGCCCCCGUCGCCAUGUCCAUGCUGCCGUCUUUCGGCUUCACGCAGGAGCAAGUGGCGUGCGUCUGCGAGGUGCUGCAGCAAGGCGGCAACUUGGAGAGGCUGGGCCGCUUCCUGUGGUCGCUGCCCGCCUGCGACCACUUGCACAAGAACGAGAGCGUGCUGAAAGCCAAGGCGGUGGUGGCUUUCCACCGGGGCAACUUCCGCGAGCUGUACAAGAUUCUCGAGAGUCACCAGUUCUCUCCGCACAACCAUCCCAAGCUGCAGCAGCUGUGGCUCAAGGCCCACUACGUGGAAGCCGAGAAGCUGCGCGGCCGGCCGCUGGGCGCCGUGGGCAAGUACCGUGUGCGGAGGAAAUUCCCCUUGCCCAGGACCAUCUGGGACGGCGAGGAGACCAGCUACUGCUUCAAGGAGAAGUCCCGGGGCGUCCUGCGCGAGUGGUACGCCCACAACCCCUACCCCUCGCCCCGGGAGAAGAGGGAGCUGGCCGAAGCCACCGGCCUCACCACCACCCAGGUCAGCAACUGGUUCAAAAACCGCAGGCAGCGCGACCGAGCGGCGGAGGCGAAAGAGAGGGAGAAUACGGAAAACAACAACACUUCCACGAACAAGCAGAACCAGCUGUCUCCCCUGGACGGGGCGAAGCCGCUCAUGUCCAGCUCGGAAGAGGAGUUUUCACCCCCACAGAGUCCGGAUCAGAACUCAAUCCUCCUGCUCCAGGGCAGCCUCAGCCAUGCCAGAAACUCCACCUAUUCCUUGACGGGGUUGUCUGCUUCCCAGGCAACUCACGGCCUCCAAGCCCACCAGCACCAACUGCAGGACUCUCUCCUAGGCCCUCUCACCUCCAGCUUGGUGGACUUGGGUUCAUAAUCCGGAGAAACAGGGGUGGGGGUUUCUCCCACCGCCACCACCACCCAGUGGUUUGUAAAUAAGGGGACAUUGUCAUGAAUUAUUUUUCCUUCCUGCUCCCACUGCCCAACCCACUCUUGUUUUUUUGUUUUCCCGAGAGAGCUCACCUGGCGAUUCUUAAGUGACUUCUAAAGAUCUCUUCUGAAGCCCUUCUCUGACCCCCACAAAGGCCUUUCUCCGCCUCUCAUUUAUCCAGCUCUCCUCACGGCAUCCUUGUCAUUAUGUCUUAGCGGAAGCCAAAUAAAGAUAGCACACACCCAUGGGCAUACUAUAAACAAAACAACACCCCCCAACACACACAACAG